UUUAAAAAGCAAAUCAGAACACAAAUUAGGACAUUGCACGACAUUGGAGAGCCAUGCAGCACAAAUAUUUCUUGCUCGCUGUCCUAGCCUUCCUGCUCAGCUGCCAGGCAGGCAGUGCUCUGGAGUGUUAUCAAUGUGGCGGUGAUUGCAAAAGUAAGACAACGUUGACGUGUCCAAUUGAAGGAAUGCGAUGUUUGUCGGUCACUGUGAAGGCUGGAAAUGCAGAGCAAAAAGUUAAAAGCUGUACAUUAAGUCCUAUAUGUGACCAGGAUUAUUCUGUCCCUGGCGGCUCCGUGUCUGUCAAGCCAACCUGUUGUGACACUGAUCUCUGCAACUCUGCCUUCAAACACGUGAUGUCCCUGGGCACUGCUGUCCUCCUGGCUCUGGUGUCUCUUUACCUCUCUCAGUUCUGACUGGGUCCUGCACACACAAUAUCCAAUGGUCAAGAAGUUGGAAGAGCAUCCUGGGAACUGUAGAAUAAAUCUUUAACCAGUGCACGCCCAUGGCUUGUCCAAGUCUACUGCUCUCUACAGUUCUGUUGUAACCUGCUGCACCACUAUAUUCAAAGUAUGAAUCCUUAGCAUUUGUGUGUUGCUUUUUUACUGGUUGUUAACAUUAACAAAUAAAGUAUGUUUCAUUUCUUAUA